CGAUAAAAGUCAUUUGAGUACCUAUGUAUACAAAAAUAAUUUGUCUAAAUAGUAUUUAAAAGGGACGCAAGAGGAAGAAACUUAUAAAAUAGUGAAAAAGUUUCGGAUGUUAACUUUACUUCUUAAGUCUAACGACCUUAGAUAAAGCAUUUUUAACAGUCGUUUAAACAUAUCUUUCUAAUUCAAGUGUUACAAAUACAGCUAGGUUUUUAGUAGUGUAGAAUAAACUCGUUACGACUGUCUUGUGUUCAUAUAAGCUGGUUAAUAUUGGAACGUUACCAUUUACCGAACACGUAACUGACAAUAUGCCUACAAAUAUGUUUCGAAUUUGUGUGUUCUGGAUAUGUAUGAUAAGCAAACAUCAUUUUGAACUGACAGAGGAACCUGUAUGUACAUCAAGAUUUGAUUACGAUUUUAAGAUCGUUGAAAAACUGUUUGAAAUGGACCAGAAAAUCAAAAAGGCCGAGGAAGAAAUACAGAGGCAACACCAGCUAAUUAACAGGCUUUCCACUGGUGGAAGUGGUUCUGUGUAUGUUAGAUGGGGCCGGAACAUAUGUCCAGAACAUGCUACAGCUAUAUACAAUGGUUACAUCGCUGGAAAGAAAUACAGCGACAAUGGUAGUGGGAGCGAUUCCGUGUGUCUUCCCUCUGAUCCUGUUUGGUCUAACUAUAGUGACGGAGGUGACAGUAACAGAGGGCACGUUUACGGUACAGAAUUUGACGAGCAGAGUGUCAAUAUGUUUGGUUACUCAGUUUCUCAACAAGACGUCCCGUGUGCCGUCUGUAAAACCCAAAAGUCAGCACUUGUCAUGAUUCCAGCGAGAGCAAAGUGCUAUUCUGGUUGGAAAGAAGAAUACAGUGGAUAUCUUAUGUCGGCUUAUCAUUCUGAUCCGGGUCCUCAUAACCACAUCUGUGUGGACAGUGAUCCAGAGUUCAUACCUCGCGGUAGCAGUAAUGAUAAUCAACAUGUUUUAUAUCUCAUGGAAGCUCGAUGUGGUUCACUACCUUGUCCGCCUUACGUUGAAGGAAGAGAGCUUCCCUGUGUUGUCUGUUCUGCCUAACUGCUUCAUCUUUUGGUAAACGUAAUGCUAAACGAUUCUGUCACUCUCAGACUGCAAUAAAAGUUAUCUUUUUAACGUAAGAAUAUCAUUAUGAAGGACUUUUGACUGUCUGAAAUAAAUUUUUUUUGUAUUUCAAGUGAUAGUAAGCUACAACUUUUAGUGUUAUUUUUGUGCAGACUUGCAAUGUGUUACAGGAAUACAGUUAUCUCUUCUAUUAUAAAUCAGCUCUUAAUUAUGAUAUUAUGUAACAUAGAUCUAGAUGUUAGUAUGACUUCUCCAUUGGAAUUUCUAUAUUUUUUCCCACUUUCAUUCGUCGUGUGUGUAUACUAGAUUUCCUUUUUUAUUUAAACAUAGGAUCUUAAUUAUUUCUAUGAAAUAAUAACAGCAAUCUAAUAAUUUCUCUCUUGCAAACAGUCUAACCGUAACAAAUAUGUAUUUUGUUAGUUUUAAUAACGUUCAAAUGAUUGAAUAAAAAUACUCUCAUGACGAUAUUCCAUACAACACAUGUUUUUUCAGAAGUUUGGACAUCUGAUCACAAAUAUAUAUCAAUAACAUAAUCAGUGCGAUGAUUUCAUACCGAAUACAAUGAGGAAAGUAACGACGCUAAGACCGAAAAAAGAAUUAUAGAUAUUAUCAACCUUUGUUUAAAUAAAUAAAGGAACAUCUUAUUACUCCAUUAGUUUUGCUAUAAUUGUAAUAAUAAUUUUGUAUUUAUUUUUACUAUUAUUAUUAACAGCAAUUUUGUCGACAUACACUAAAAUGCACAGGUAAAUAUCACGAAGUUCCUGCUUUUUUAUGUAGAAUUAAAUUGUGUUAUGAAAAACAACAAAUAUUUUUACUUAUAAUCACUUUCUUAAAUACUAGUAUCUUUUUUUUAAGUUUAAAUCAUUCAAAACAGGCGUGCAUAUGAAAGGAACCUCAUCAAACAUGCGGACGCAUUUACGUACACAGAAACACACAAACAUACACAAAUGUAAACAAAAGAACGCAAGAACGGAUGUACGCACUUGCAUACAAGUAAUGUUCCCCAUUUUUUGAUUUUCUGAGCGUUCGCGAUAUAUAUGAUCAUGUAUUUUUCUUUGUUAUAGAGCAAUAAAGAUUUCGGCAUUUCGUUA